UCUGGAGGCUAUUAUUCUCCACAUUCUAUUAUUAAAUUUAAUAAAAAUAUCGAAAAAGAAAGUAAUUAAACAAAUUAUGACCACUUUUUCUGACAAAUUAGAAAAAAUUGUAUUCUUUUUCCAGUUGCUUAACCUCUCGAAUGCCAGUGCAAAUCUUCCAUAGACAUUUGUUUUUUCCCCAACAAUGUAGAACAACCUUUUUAAUUCUUGUUUUUAGCUGUAGUUUUGUGUUCCUUCUUCUUUUCUCGAUUUUAACAUGAAUAUUUUGAUUUCCUUUAGAAUUUUUCCUUUUACUGUUCAACAAUAUUUUUGAUGCAGAGGAGAAUUUGAUCAAGGGUUUCAUUCUUCAUUCAAAUGAUCUCAUUUUUUUAAUUCGGAACCCAAACUAUUUAGAAAUCAAUGGUUCGUUCGUCAUCCGCAUGAAGAACCCAAAAUGUUUAGAAUAUUAAGGAGCUAACAAUUGGGAGUAUCCAAAUAAGAAGAGUGAUUAAUGAUUAAUGAUUAGGUCUUCAAUUUGGAAGCUGGAGAUGUCUACCCAGUACGAAAAAUCUGAUCCCACGCCUCCUUCUGGAUCAGGGUCUUGUUUGUACGAUCUAUUAUGUUCAGACACACCACGGUGGGAACGACCUAGUGAUUCAGACACUACAUCUUGGCUUCUCAGAAAAGAAACAUGGAGAUCCUUCGGUCCACAAGCCAGGCUGGAGAGACUGUUGGAAGACACUGGGAAUCGUGUUUGUGCAGAUUGCGGAUCCCCGGAUCCUAAAUGGGUAUCUUUAAGUAUUGGAGUAUUUAUUUGUAUCAAAUGCUCUGGAGUUCAUAGAAGCCUUGGAUCGCAUAUAUCAAAGGUUUUAUCAGUGAAGCUAGAUGAAUGGACGGAAGACCAAGUUGAUGGUCUAGUAAACUUGGGAGGCAAUAUUGUUGUAAACAAUAAGAGAAAAUAUGAGAUGCAGCAAUUCUUGGAAGGCGAACACACGAGCUGCCGCCUUCAGCCGCAUCAUCGGACUCCAUCGUCUACGUUACCACUUCCUCCCGGCUACCCUCUUCUUAAUGAGAAAAAACACAGUGAGAAACAAAGCAGACAUCGAAUCGGGCACAGAUUUAGAAACAGCUGGGGAAGAAAAGAUAGUGAUCACCUGAAGAUUAGUAAGAAGAGCAACUCAUUGGCAGGUAUGGUUGAAUUUGUUGGGCUGAUUAAAGUGAAUGUGGUGAAAGGCACCAAUCUAGCCGUCCGGGAUAUGCUCUCUAGCGAUCCCUACGUCAUUCUUGCCUUGGGUCAUCAAUCGGUGAGGACUCGCGUCAUAAAGAACAACCUAAACCCAGUCUGGAAUGAAAGCUUAAUGUUGUCGAUUCCGGAAAACAUUCCUCCUUUGAGAGUGAUCGUGUACGAUAAAGAUACAUUCACGACCGAUGACUUUAUGGGGGAUGCGGAGAUCGACAUUCAACCGCUGGUCGCAGCGGCAAAAGCCUACGAGAAGUCGGAGAUUCAUGAAUCGAUGCAGCUGGGGAAAUGCCUGGCGAACAGGGACAACAACUUCCUAAAAGAUGGUAUCAUAAACUUAGCAGAUGGGAAAGUUAAACAGGAAAUCUCAUUUAGGCUACAAAAUGUGGAGAGAGGGAUAUUAGAGAUUGAACUCGAAUGCGUUCCGCUUACUCAAUAGCGGUCGGAAAUAUUCUGAGAUGGUAAAUUAGGAAAAAACCCAUUUUGAAAAUUUGAAGUGAUGUACAUGAACGAUUUGGUAUCCAGAUCCAGAAAGUUGGCUUCAACCCUGUAACAAUAUUUCCAUCUUAAUCUUCUUCCUCGCCUCUUCUUCUUA